AUAUUUAUUGAGUACCUACUGUAUGCCAGGCACCCAAGUCUCUGACCUCAAGUCGAGUCGACGACAGUGUUCUGGGCGGGCCCAGCGCACACACGGUACUGUCAUGGACAGCAACCAUCAAAGUAGUUACAAACUCAGUAAAACUGAGAAGAAGUUCUUGAGGAAGCAGAUUAAAGCCCGGCAUACUUUGCUGAGACACGAAGGCAUUGAGACCGUAUCCUGUGCCACUCGGAGCCUGGUUAUCGCCAACGGUGGAUUGGGUAACAAUGUGAGUAGGAACCAGCUGCUCCCAAUGUUAGAGAAGUGUGGCCUGGUGGAUGCUCUCCUAAUGCCACCUAAUAAGCCCUACGCAUUUGUGAGAUACAAAACUGCAGAAGAAGCUAAGAAAGCCUAUGUCACCCUCAAUGGAAAAGAAAUAGUGGAUGAUUUAGGACAAAAGAUCAUUCUGUACUUGAAUUUUGUGGAAAAAGGUAUUAAUUAUACAGCCACGUCUGAUUUGCUGCUAAAUCCAGUCAUCGAUGGCCUCAUUUCAGUCAUGAAGGAUCGCCAGAAUCAAUUCAUCAUUCUUGUCCUUGGAAUACAUUACGUUUUGGAUUCAUCUUUAUGCUUUCGUCUUUCCUUCAAGAUUGUCAUGGACUUUAAGCACCCAGAUGGUGUCACGGUGCCAGUCAUGUUGCCUCGUCGGAGUUUGCUGGUGAUGACCGGAGAAUCGAGAUACCUCUGGACACAUGGAAUCACACCCAGAAAAUUUGAUACUGUUCAAGCAUCCAAGGGUCACAGAAGUGGGAUUAUCACCAGUGAUGUUGGAGACUUAACUUUAAGCAAGAGGGGAAUAAGGACAUCAUUUACAUUUAGGAAAGUGAGGCAAACACCUUGUAAUUGUAGUUACCCUUUGGUCUGUGACAGCCAGAUGAAGGAGACCCUCCCAUCAUUUCCAGAGAGCGCUAGAGAAGCCUCACAGCUGGAGCGAGAAUACGUCCAUAGAGUCUAUGAAGAGAUUGCUGAGCACUUCAGCAGCACGAGACACACCCCGUGGCCGCGCGUCGUGGACUUCUUGAAAGCUUUGCCAAGUGGUUCAUUAGUGGCUGAUGUUGGCUGUGGAAACGGAAAGUAUCUUGGCAUCAAUAAGGAGUUAUAUAUGGUUGGUUGUGAUCGCAGCCAGGCCCUCGUGGGCAUCUGUCGAGAGCGGCGCUUGGAGGCGCUGGUCGGUGACGCGCUGGCCGUGCCCUUGCGCGGCGGCUCGUGGGACGCCUGCAUCUCCGUUGCUGUGACCCACCAUCUCGCCACGGCCGAGCGUAGAGUGGCGGCUCUCCAAGAACUUGUUCGACUCCUGAGACCUGGGGGGAUGGCACUCAUUUACGUCUGGGCGAUGGAACAGGAAUAUAAGAAGAAGAAAUCCAAGUACCUUAGAGAAAACAGACCUCGCCAAGGAGAGGAAGAGGCGACCCACAGCCACGCAGCCGAGCCAGGGCGGCUGCUGGAGCAGGUGCCUGACGCGGGCGACCAGGACGCCCCGCGCCCAGGCUCCGCCGCUCCCGACGUCCGGGCGGCAGGGGGUGGCGCCCGCAAAGUCACUGAUGCCAAGCUGCCGGUUCACACUAACAGGACUUCUUUCCGUUCUCAAGACAUACUGGUUCCCUGGCACCGUAAGGGCAACCCUGCGAGAGACGAGCCUGUCCGUGCAACAGGAUCCCACGGCCCAGGCCCCGUGUUUCGUCGUUACUACCACGUGUUCUGCGCGGGCGAGCUGGAGGAGGCCUGCCGGAGCCUGAGUCACGUCCGCCUGCUGCAGAGCUACUACGAUCAGGGCAACUGGUGUGUGGUUCUUCAGAAGGUCUGACUGUCGCGGGAACGUAGCUGCAGGGCAGAGAGCUCAGCGUGGUCCUUUAAAGGAGACUAAACUUACUGUCUUCCUCGUCCAAGAGAAAACUCGGGGAAAAGCACCAAAGGAGCGUGCCUGAGAGAAAUUCGGGAGCAGAGAUUGGUUAGGACACAUCCGGUCUACUACUAUGGCUGACCUCAUUUUAUCCAUAAAUGUAGGCUUCUCCUGAAUGGGGAGGAACAGGGCCAGUUUGUAGAAGUGAGUGAAGUCGUCUGUGAAGUAUUUGGGAUCCUGGGGCGAGAAUACAGCGCGUUGAAGAUAAACUUCUGCUGUGCAUGUUACUAAUUGAGCUAAGUCAGGUAGAAUCUUAGUGAUGUAAUCGUACAACAUUUUAAUAAAGAAAAUAUUCUUGGUCAGUA